CGAGAAAUGUAUAUGUCACAUUAUAGUCUUAUUUGCGCACUAUGCACACUGUUCAACCAAAUGCACAUAUGCAUGGACUUUUCAUUAGAGUGCAUGAAUUCUAAUGGAACCACCAUCAAAUCAACUCAGAGCUGGAUGCUUUAUCAGAUGUGGGUUUUUUUAAACAUUCUUGAAACAUUGGAAUUCGUAAUGCUGUUUCCAAAUUGUAAGCAUACAGGACAGCUUUCCUACUUGGUCAGUGGAAGGAAUUCCACAAUCACUGUAAACUACAAUGUGUAGGUUGUGCCACCAGAAUGUAUUGGCUUCUUUGUAAAAGGAAGCUCAGCAGCCUUAAGGCCCCUAGUCUAAGGCUCUGGGUUUCCAGAGCAACCCAUGACCAACGACAACCCCCACUCACCACCACUGACAUCCCUUUGCUAUUAGGUAUUCGAGAAUGUUGUCUGAGUGUGUUUUUACAGAAAAUGGCCGAUGGCAGUUCUGAAGGGGCAGAAAGAGAUGCUGCAGAAGACACAGAUGAGCUUCUUUACACUGACCUGGAUGAAGACAGCAAUGCCCCUCUGCCACAGGAUCACUGUGACCUCCUCCUAGAUGCCAUCGAUGCCCAGCUGAGCCGCCUGCAGGUGCAGAGCCAUAGCAAUGGGAUUGAAGGUAUCUCCAGAAAACAUGAUUGCCUCAAUACAGCUCAUCUUAGCAGUAGCCAGUCUGUGAGCAGGGAUACAGGACUGGGAAGUACCAUCCCCACUAACGACACCCCCAUCUCUUGUCUUGACGUGGUACGCUCUGAGACCAGGGACCUAUCUUCAGGGAAGAGCUCAGGAGAACGGGUGGACCCUGCCGAUCAGGAGGAAGAGGAGCAGAGGAUAGUUGAAGUGAUGAAAGAGGAAGAGGAGGGUGUAGAGUCCCGGAAGGAGCAGUGUCACUGGAGGCUGGAGAGGCUGUUGGGGACUUAUGCCUGUGGAGGAGGAGGGUUAGCAGGAGAGCUGUGCUCCCCUCCAGAAAGUGUCUGCACAGAGGACUUUGCCAUGCGCUUCAGGGAGGAGAUGGUGGUGAGGCUGCCAGACAGGACCAAACAGAGACUGGCCAGAGACUGGAGUAGCAACCUGGGACAGUCCUUUGGAGAGGAAGAGGCUGAAAGGACAGCAUCAAAACAAGCAGUGCCUGGUCCUGCCAGCACUAGCAGUGUUCGUACAGGGGUUCUCAUUGAGGCCUGUUCCAGUCUGGAGCCUGAGGGAACCAAGGAGAACAGGCACCAUGCUGCUAGAACCACCACCAGACACCUGGCAGGAGUGCCUGUGUGGAAUUUUGACACAGUGACCAUAGACAGUGACCUGGACUCAGUACGCACAGAGAAGGUCUGGCAACACGUCCACAGCAGGCCAGGAUACCUGUCAGCCAUUCAGUCUGUCAGCCGCGUGGAUGGUCUCGACACUGACCAGAGUGACUAUGACACACCCACUCUGGAGCCAAGGAAUCUCAAGUUUACUCCAGCACUGAUAGCUAGCAAUGGAAAUGUGACCAGUGACAGUCUACCUCUUCGUAAAGCACACAAAAGCAGAAGAGACACUCACAGGUGUGGGCUCUCUGUGGAUAAUGAUGAUGAGGACACAGAUGAGGGCUGUGUCCGCUGGAGGAGGAGACGUAGGCCUGACAAGGACACAGAUGAGGGCUGUGUCCGCUGGAGGAGACGUAGGCCUGACAAGGACACAGGGGGACAUGUGUGUACGCAGAGGCCUGGGGGUCGUCUGGAGGAGGUGAGGUCAGAUUGUCUACAGAUGGAGGAGGAGCUGGCUACCCUCAGACAGGACUGUGAGAAGGAGGAGAAGAGGCUGAGGAUGAAGAGGGCUCAGCUGUGUGAGACUGAACUGUCCCUCACUGACCUUCUUCAGAAAAGAAAACAUGCCAUGCGGGAGUGGGAGCAGCUGCGUGCGGGGGCAGAGCAGAUGGAAAGGGAGGGGAGGAGUCUGGAGGCCAGCCUGAGAGACAGCAAGGCAGAAGCAGACAGCACCAGUUCUCAGCUGCGCCGGCUGCAGAGGCAGAGGGACUCCUGUCUGCAGGAGGUCAGGGAUCUGAAGGAGGAGCUGGCUGCUCUAUGUAAACACAGAACUGCCUUAAUGGAUGGGACCUGCAUGGACAGGAGAGUGACCAGUGUCAGUAUGUCUGUCCUUGAGAGAGAGGAGUUGGACAGACAGCUGAACAGUGCCAAGACAGAGCUGUUUUCCGAGCAGCGGUGCUCUAGACUCAAACUGGACUCUAUGGAAGAGAAGUUGGACGAAGCUCACGAGGAGCUUCAGCGUGUAACAGAGGAGGAGAAGUUACUGAGGGAUAGGUGUGCAUGUCUGGAGGAGAAACACAGACUGAAACAGGAGGAGGAGGAGGCAGUGGAGGUGCAGGUGUGUGAGCUACAGAAAGAGCUGGGGGAGAGUGAGAGCCGGGUGGAGAGGAUAGUAGCCCAGAAGGAGCUGCAGCUGCUGGGGUUCCAGGAGGAGAGGAGUGCCUUGCAGGCAGAGAGAGAUGGGCUCCAGGGGGAGCUCCGCAGCCUGAGGAAGCUGCACAGCAUCUCCCUGAGAGAGACCCAGGAGCAGGCACUCACGCAGACGCAGCGGGAGCUGGAGCAGCUGAAGAAAGAGUUGGCUUUGUCUCACGAGAAACACAUCCAGCAGGCUCAUAUUCAAGCUGAAGAAGAGAAAACAGUUUCUCUCAGAGAACAGGCCCUGUCUCACACACAGCACAUUGAGUCCAUACAGAGCUGUAUCCAGAUGAAGGAGAAGGAGUGGUGGAAGCUGAGGGAAGCUCUUAAGGAGCAGAAAGAGGUGAUGAGGAGGCGAGAGGAGGAGCUGUGUGCGGAAGCUCAGGAGAUGAUGCACGGCACCAUAGAACGUGAGAGGAAGAAAUGGGCGGCAGAGAAAGAAGCGGCUCUGCAGUUGCAGUGUGGGAUACUGGAGGAGCAAGGCCGGGAGGCUCUGGAGAGAAUGAGGGGAGAGACUGAGAGAGAGAAGAGGAAUGCCUUGGCUCUUCAAAGCAAAGUGGUAGAACUGAGGACAAAAGUGCAGGAGCUGGAAAGUGAGGGCCUUGUGCAGCAGAGUGAGCAGGCGUCUGCUCUCGCUGCAAUGCGUAGGUCCCUGAGAGAGAAGCACCAGGUUGAGCUACAGAGACUGCGCAGGCACAUGGAACAGGAGGGAGAGAGGGAAUCGUUGAGGCUGGAGAAGGUCGUCCAACAAGCAGAGGACGAGGGUGGUAGACUGCAGGUGCUGCUGGGGGAGAGGGAGCACAUCUACAAGCAGGCCACAGCCAGGCUGGAGCAGCAGCACAGACACUGGGCCCAGGAGAUGGGGGCAGAGUGUCAGCAUCUUCAGCACCUGCUGGAACACAGUGGGGCCGUAGGGAGCUCCCUUCAGCUACCACACAGUCCUACGGUGGCCCAGGCAGUCCAAACCCUGCAGGCCCUCAGAGAGCAGUUGCAGCAGUCAAUCAGCCAACUACAGCAGGAGCUUGACUUACAGAGACGCAGCACUCAGCAGCUGAGCCGGGACAAAGAGCGGGAGUUCCAUAUUCAGAGGGAACAGAUGGAGACGGAGAGACAGCAGGCUCUGGACUCACUGAAGGAGACACUCAUUCAGGAGCACAUUGAGGAGCUGAGCGAUCUGCAGCAGGCCCAGGUGCGGGAGGAAGGAGACGAGACAGGAGGUUUGGCUGCGUCCCUGCGCAGGCAGCUGCAGGCCAAAGACCAGGAACUGCGCCGGGUGCAGAGGAGCAUGGGACAGUGGAAAGAGCAGACCACUGCGCGCCUGGCACGCAAGUUUGAGGAGGAGUUGACAGCCGAACUGGAGAGAAAGGCACCUAAGGCACAAGAGGAGAAGCAGAGGAAGCUGGAGAAACUGGAAGGGGAGAUGAGACGCAUUACUGGGGAAUGCACUGACUCUGGAGCUCAGCAAUCAGCCUCCUCUCCCUCACUCCACAUUGGGGAAGCCCCUACCUCCCCCGGGUCCUCAGACCUGGCCUCCUUCAAGCUACUGCGUCACCUUCAGAGCCGGGUCAAACAGCUCCGUGCUGAGAACCAGGCCCAUGCCUGCAGCCCCUCUCAAUUGGGCAGGACCCCUCUAGGCAGGGCCCCAAUGGAGCUGGCUGGGUCCUACCUGGAGACGAUCACACCAUCCCAGGAAUGCACACAGUUCUGGAGUCGUUCCCGUUCCAGGACAGUACAGGGUGAAGGAUUGUGAGCUUUGCCAGAUGACGUGUGUGUGUUUGUAAAAUGAAUUACUGGAGGACAGCAAUCUCAAAUCAUUUCAAGGUACUCCUGAAAAGGAUGACACUACAUGAUCAGGGUAAAUGGCCUCAAGGUCAAAAUGGGUUAAGUUGGCAUUCUUCUGCCUUUGGAGGAAUUAAGUCUUACUGCUAGGCUAAAGGUUGGGGACUGAGUGAAUGUUUGAUGAACCAACUGACAUGUCUGCAUAGUGCCUAUUCCGGAGCUGUGACUCUUUAGGCAGUGGGAUCAAGCUGAAAUUAGGACCAUUUGAAGAAGAAAGUAAUCUUGUGUCAGUUUCUUUCUAUGUUGCAACAGAGCUAUUGUAAUUAUAAUGCUCAAUGUACACUCACAGGACAGUUUAUUGGGUGCACCUAUUUAGUACAGGGUCGGACCCCCCUUUGCCUCCAGAACAGCCUGGAUUCUUUGGGGCAAGUUGGAAACGUUCCACAGGUAUGUUGGUCCAUGCUGAAGCAAUGGUGUCAUGCAGUUGCUGUAGAUUGAACGGCUGUACCAUUGACAACAGGCAGGAUGGGUCCAUGGACUCAUGCUACUUAUGCCAAAUCCUGACUCUGCCAUCAGCAUGACGCAACAGGAACCAGGAUUUGUUGGACUAGGUGAUGCUUUCCACUCCUCAGUUGUCCAGUGUUGGUGAUCGUGUGUCCACUGGAGCGGUUUCUUCUUGUUUUUAGCUGUUAGGAGUGGAACCUGGUGUGAACGUCUGCUGCAAAAGCCCACCUGUGAAAAUGAUCGACAAGUUCUGAGUUCCGAGAUGCCGUUCUGCACACCACUGUUGUACUGCGCCAUUAUUUGUCUGUUUGUGGCCCGCCUGUUAGCUUGCACAAUCCUUGCCAUUCUCCUUCGACCUCUCAUCAACGAGCUGUUUUCGCCCACAGGGCUGCCACUGACUGGAUGUUUAUUGUUUGUCGCACCAUUCUUGGUAAAUCCUAGACACUGUCGUGCCUGAAUAGCCCAGGAGGGUGGCCGUUUCUGAGAUACUGGAUCGUCCUGGCACGGACAAUCAUACCACGCUCCAAGUCACUUAUGUCACUGGUUUUUCCCCAUUCUACCAUUCAAAUGAACAGUAACUGAAUGCCUUGAUGCAUGUCUACCUGCUUUAUAUACCAAUCCACAGCCACGUGAUCCAUUUUUGUGAACGGGGUGGUAUACCUAAUAAACUGGCUCGUGAGUGUACACUAUUUUGUUAGGACCUGGAAUAAACUUUAACUAUUUAACAUC